UUGGAAGUUUCCGUCUCAGUUCAGGGCUUCUUUUAACUUCUACAGGGUCCUUUACGAGGGAGGUGCAAGCGUAGGGCAUUAGGACCCAGCGAUUGUUGUAGUGAGAGUCGUUGAAUCUCGAUCUCUCAAUUUUUCUCUCCAGCUCCCUCCUCUCCCUUUGUCAUUCUCUCUGCUGCCUCCGCAGCGUGCCUCUAGCUCUCCCUGUGCUAACUGCCUGCGCCUUGACAGCCGGGCUGCGCAAAGCAGAGGGAUUAGUUGGGACCUGCCUUGGUGACCCCAUGGCAUCCCCACGAACCAUAACUAUCGUGGCUCUCUCAGUGGCCCUGGGACUCUUCUUUGUUUUCAUGGGGACCAUCAAGUUGACCCCCAGGCUCAGCAAGGAUGCCUACAGUGAGAUGAAACGUGCUUACAAGAGCUAUGUUCGAGCCCUUCCUCUGCUGAAGAAAAUGGGCAUCAACUCCAUUCUCCUUCGGAAAAGCAUUGGUGCGCUUGAAGUGGCCUGUGGCAUUGUCAUGACCCUGGUACCUGGUCGUCCCAAAGAUGUGGCCAACUUCUUCCUGCUUUUGCUGGUGUUGGCUGUGCUUUUCUUCCACCAGCUUGUUGGUGAUCCUCUCAAGCGAUAUGCCCACGCUCUGGUGUUUGGAAUCCUGCUCACCUGCCGCCUGUUGAUUGCCCGCAAGCCUGAAGACCGAUCUUCUGAGAAGAAGGCCUUGCCUGAGAGUGCAGAGGAGCAACCAUCCUUAUAUGAGAAGGCCCCACAGGGCAAAGUGAAGGUGUCAUAAAAAUUGGAAGUGCAAAGAAUGGACCUUCUAGGCAGUUGCUUUCUUGACACCCAAGAUGACAUCAGUGUGUGUGUGUGUGUGUGUUUUCCUUUGCUUUGUUUAUCUUGGGGGUUAAGAGAAAACUACAAUCUGUAAGUUAAUUGGCUUGUGUACAUUUAUACCCUAAAAUGACCUCCCCACAUUGACGUUCGUGCACCACCUUUAAUCACUCUGGAGCAACACUCACAUCUUGCUGCAUGUACAUGUAUAUGGCUAUUAUUGAGGUGUAUUUGUGAGAUGGACUCCAGCAAGCAUGUGACUCUGAGAUAUGCGUGGGGCAAUGUAUUUAACUGCCAUGUAUGUGGGUAUACUCGUACGUGUAGAGGAGGCUCUGAUCUUGAACUAAUCCUGAACAAGUAUCCUUCCCUUUAUAAAUUGAUGCCAGCGAAGACAGAGUAAAAGAACCAUCCCAUCAAGAAGGUUGUUUCCUGGUGGAAAACAAAUAACCUAGUUGGAUUCUUCAAGCGAUGCAGUUGGAGGGGUCUCCUUGCCUUUGUCUGAGCCCAAGCUACUGAGCUCUUUAGUGGUUGGAAAUUCACUUAGUAACCUUUUUUACUAGACACUGUCAACUUUUGUUUUAAGCACAAAGCUGCCCCACUUUACCAUUCUCAGGAGCCAACCAGGAUCUGAAGCUUCCGCACUGUUUCCACUGAGGGACCAGGGAUUGGUCCUGGUACAAGUGUCAAUCUCCAGCCCUAGUGUUUUUCUGAAACCUGCAAUUGGAUGGAGAAGCUAUAGCCAGUGUUUAUCUGUAGGAAGAGUUCUCUACUCCUAGUGAUUCCCCACCAAACUUUGUUAAAGUUAACAAAGUCCAUAAUAGCUCCUAGAUAUCUGUAGAUAUCUUCAGAUACUCUACUUUACACCUCUUCAGCAUUCCAGAGGGUGGAGUUUAGCUGGGGGAAGGACAUUUGACAUGGGUUAGUUGGAUUGACCAGUAUGGAAAUUUGCUUUUGUAGUUACAUACUGCUGUUUCUCUUUGUUAACUGUGCUUUGAUGGUUUUAAUAUUGUUGUGCCCGGGAUGGGGGAGGGAUGGGGUUGUGUGUGGGGAGAGUGCUUACUGUAUUUUCUUCAGUGCCAUUGUUCUUGGUAAUUGAUACUUGUCUUCUUUCGCUCAUUCUUUCAAAAAUAAAGGUUUUUGAAAUUUGGA